AGCCGACGUGUUGGUGAGGAGCCGAAGGUGACUCAGAUUAAGUGCGCCGAGGGACUUUGCGAAGAGUCCAUCUGAGGAAGCGGGACCGCGCUCUUCCUUCCAGGCUACCUAAGGGAUGAACUGAUGCUUUAGUGGUUUAUCAUGGCCCAGCGGGCAGUGUGGCUCAUAAGCCACGAUCCAGGAACGCCACUCGGUGGCACCGUCCGAUUCUCCAGACGGUAUCCAACAGUUGAAAAACGAGCCAGAGUCUUCAAUGGAGCAAAUUACGUGCCUAUUCCCGAAGAUGGUCCCUUUCUUAAGGCAUUACUCUUCGAACUUCGAUUACUGGAUGAUGAUAAGGACUUUGUGGAAAGUCGAGAUAGUUGUUGUCGCAUCAAUAAAACAUCCAUCUAUGGACUGCCAGUAGGAGGUGAAGAACUCUGGCCAGUGGUUGGUUUUGUGAAGAAUGGCAUGGUAUAUGCUUGUGUUCCAUUAGUUGAACAGACAUUAUUCCCUCGCCCACCGUUAAUUAGCAUCAGUGGAAUUUCCCAAGGCUUUGAAUUGCUUUUUGGGAUACAGGAUUUUCUGUACUCGGGUCAGAAAAAUGACAUAGAACUCAAUACAAAAUUGAGCCAAUUGGCUGACUUGGUUCUACAGGCUUGCCCAUUUGGCACUUUGUUAGAUGCCAACUUACAGAAUUCAUUAGCUAGUAUUAGUUUUGCUUCUGUGACCCAACCACAAAAACAGCCAGCCUGGAAACCUGGAACAUACAAAGGAAAACCACAGGUUUCUAUUUCUAUCACGGAAAAGGUAACAUCUAUGCAGUAUGAUAAACAGGAUAUAGCAGAUACAUGGCAAGUUGUUGGAGCUGUCACCUGCAAGUGUGAUUUAGAAGGAAUCAUGCCAAAUGUUACCAUCAGCUUGAGUCUCCCCACCAAUGGAUCUCCACUUCAAGAUAUUCUAGUUCAUCCUUGUGUGACUUCUCUUGACUCUGCCUUUCUUACUUCCAGUAGCAUAGAUGCAAUGGAUGAUUCUGCAUUUAGUGGACCUUACAAAUUCCCCUUCACUCCACCUUUAGAGUCAUUCAGCUUAUGCUUCUACACAUCCCAGGUCCCUGUCCCGCCAAUUUUGGGUUUUUAUCAAAUGAAAGAGGAAGAUGUACAACUAAAAAUAACAGUUAAUUUAAAACUUCAUGAAAGUGUGAAAAAUAAUUUUGAAUUCUGUGAAGUUCAUAUACCUUUUUUCAAUAGAGGUCCAAUCACACAUGUGGAGUAUGACGUUAGUUUUGGCCAGAUAGAAGUAUUUCGAGAGAAAAGCUUACUGAUCUGGAAUAUUGGACAGAAGUUUCCAAAGUCACUGAAAAUUAGUCUUUCUGGAACAGUAACCUUUGGAGCCAAGAAUCAUGAGAAACAGCCAUUUGAUCAAGUUUGCAUCGGAGGUACAGCAUAUGUAAAGCUUCAUUUUAGGAUCUUAGAUUACACUCUCACUGGAUGUUACGCAGAUCAGCAUUCAGUUCAAGUUUUUGCAUCAGGGAAACCAAAAAUAAGUACACACCGGAAACUAAUUUCCUCUGACUAUUACAUCUGGAAUUCUAAAGCCCCAGCGCCUGUAACAUAUGGAUCAUUAUUAUUGUAAUUGUUUUGUGUGUAAGUGGGAUUUAUACAAUAGUAACAUAAAGGAAAUCAGUCUUUUUUUUAAGAAUGUGUGCAUAUAAAAUUUAAUUCAUACAAUGAGUUAAAAGUCAAAUGAAUGAGUAAUUUUUUAAAGUUCUUGUUUAAUAUGUUAGUGUGAUUUAAAACAUUUUAAAUACUGAUGUCUCCAAUUUUAUUACCUUUUGAUUUUAUUCAAAUUAGAUUUAGAGCAUGAAAUAAUAAUGACUCAUUUAAGGCUUAGUAGGCCUUGAUCACUGCUACCUGUCCUUGUUGCAGACAGAACUAAUCAGUCACAGCAUUUUUUCUCCCCUGGGCCUUCUUACAUAGGACUCGUGCUGCCUUUUAGCACAGAGCUGUAGUGAGUGUCUGACAUACCACAUCAAAAAUGAAAUUAAAUUUAUUCGCUCUCCCAACCUAAAUACUUAAGCUCCUUGUACACUGUAUUUUGUAUACCUGACACCACAUUAAAAGCAACUUUGUCAGGGCUUUGGAACUGAGUGGUAGAAGGGUUGCUUAUCUUAUAAGACCCUCGAUUCAAUCCCUGGCUCAUAAAGAAGAAAAGAAGGGAGAUUGUAAUUAUUUCAGUGGUGCUCAGAGGGCUGGAGCACAUGUUUUGCAUGUAGAAGCCCAGGGUUGGAUUCCUGUAUAGCAUACUGUCCUGAGCACUGCACUGGGAGUAGCAUCCUACCAACCUAAAAAUCAAAAACCUAAAUAUAAAACAGUCUGAAAAAUGACUGGUGUAGAAAACUUGCUAAAUAGAAACCUACUUUUAAUCAGAACUAUCCUAUUGACUAAUAAACAGUGCAUGAUUCUAGUUAAAGUGAUUUAUCUCUGUUCUAGAGAUACUUUUCAAGCUUAUCAAAUCUGCUGUUUUGCUUAGGUUGUCAGUAAGCAUAUUAAAAUGCUAGACAUAGUUUUUUUGGUGACUGAAUUGUCUGCUGCCAAAUUUUAAGAUAAAUUUAACAUUUUCUUCAUAUAUUUAUCAAGAAAAUAGACCUAUUUAUUUCUUGAUUGCUGUAUAAAAAUUCACUAAAGAAUAAAUUCA